UCACGUUUCCUCUUCUAAAAAAAUAAAUAUAGAGAGAAAAACAAAAACAAAAAAUGGCGAGUUCUAAGAGAGAUAUGGAUCGGGUUAAAGGUCCAUGGAGCCCUGAAGAAGAUGAGCUUUUACAGCAACUUGUUCAGAAACAUGGCCCCAGAAAUUGGUCUCUAAUAAGCAAAUCGAUUCCUGGGAGAUCCGGCAAAUCUUGCCGGUUGCGGUGGUGUAAUCAGUUAUCUCCACAGGUGGAGCAUCGGGCUUUUACGCCUGAAGAAGAUGAGACUAUUAUUCGGGCCCAUGCCCGAUUCGGUAACAAAUGGGCUACUAUAGCCCGACUUCUUAAUGGGAGGACUGAUAACGCUAUUAAGAAUCACUGGAACUCUACCUUGAAGAGGAAGUGUUCAUCGCUUAGUGCCGAUGAAGGGAACGAACUCGCCGAUCAAAUUUUUGAAAAUCAGCAGCCGCCGUUGAAGAGAUCUGUUAGUGCCGGAUCCGCUAUGCCGGUUUCGGGUUUUCAUUUCAGUCCAGGUAGCCCAUCGGGUUCGGAUAGUGAUUCGAGUCUUCAUGUUACGUCGUCGUCUCAAUCUCAUGUGUUUAAGCCUGUUGCUAGAACCGGCGGCGUAUUCCCGCAGUCGAUCGAUAUCUCAUCUCCGCCUGUUGAUCCUCCCACCUCCCUAAGCCUUUCGCUUCCUGGUGUUGACUUGGCUGAGUUCUCUAAUCGUUCGGCCGAUUCGACUCAGUCGAAAAAUCCUUUUCAGUUGCUGCUUCCACCGAUGCAGAUUCCCCCACCGCCGCCACCACCACCACCACCGCCGCCGCAGGCAACGACGGUACCUUUCGAACGAGUUUCUGCAAUUCAACAGUCUCUUCAGAACCCUGAUUUCGGGAAGAACGCAGGAGGAGAACAGCCAGACAAGGUAUUUGUGCCGUUUAGCCAGGAGUUGUUAGGGGUGAUGCAGGAGAUGAUAAAGACGGAGGUGAGGAACUAUAUGAUGGGAGUUGAACAAAAGCAGCAGUUUCAGCAGCAGCAGCAGCAUUAUCAACAACAACCGCAGCAGUUUCAGCAACAAAACCAUCAAUUGCCAAGUGGUUUAGGGCUUGGAUUGUGUAUGCAACAAGCUUCUGAUGGAUUCAGGGAUAGAGCUGCUAAUCGCAUGAGACUAAGCAAAUUCGAUUAGUGAAACGGAGAAAGAAACCGCCUUUGUUUCAUUCUCUCUUUGUUUUUAGGGCACAUGUUGUUAGCUCUUUAAGCUUCAACUGUGGAAUCGUCAAAAGAAGAAAAUAGUUUUCGGUGGAGUAUUGUACAGGGCGAGGGAGAGUUUAUAAAAUCAUGUUCCAUUGAUGGCAGAAAUGCAAAGCUGGGACUAAUAAGAAAAAAAAUAAAUACUAAAAGAUAUAAAAAAAGAAGAAGGCGUUUUGUUAAUUUAUAUGCAGGCAGAUUUAGAAACCAAGAAAAAUUUAGCUUUAAGUAAAUAUGUUCUGAGAAAACAUCUACCGCCAAAGCAAGGAAGGAUUUGAAUGAAGCAAAGUUAUUAACUUUAUUAUUUUCUGAA